AAAAGUAAAAUCUGGAGUAGCGAUAUAAGUUUUUUCCUCAAUGAAUAAUGAACAGUGAACACUCCAAUAGUCCCAGUUAACUCUCAGGCCUCAGCUAUGGCUCUCAGUUUCCAACUGUCUAUGCCUUAGAAAAUAGAAAGAAAAAGCCUCGGAUUCUCUUUACUCUACUUUAUCACUUAUUACUACAAUCUCUAGGGUUUUGCUUCUUCCAAUUUCCUUCAAAUGGAGAUUCGUUUCACGGCUUUUGUACUGACGGCGGCGUUGAUGCUCUCCGUUGAGCUCUCCGCCGGCGGAACCUUCUCGUCGAGGUUGAUUCACGGCUACUCUGACGAAGCGAUGUCGUUUUGGGCAUCUAAAGGGAAGAGCGUGACGUGUCCGAAGCGCGAAAGUGUGGAGCACAUGAGGUUGCUUCUUAGCAAUGAUUUGAAGCGCCAGAAAUUAAAGCUUGGCUCGCAGAAACAACUUUUGUUUCCUUCUGAAGGAAGCAAAACUCAUUUCUACGGCAACGACUUGAGUUGGCUGCAUUAUGCGUGGAUUGACAUAGGGACGCCAAAUGCAUCAUUUCUUGUCGCUUUGGAUGCUGGAAGCGAUCUGCUCUGGGUCCCUUGUGAUUGUGUACAAUGUGCUCCAUUGUCUUCAAGCUACUACUCAAUGUUGGAUAAAGAUCUGAACGAGUAUAGCCCAGCACGAUCAAACACUAGCAAGCAUCUAUCUUGCAGCCAUCGAUUAUGUGAACUGGGUCCUAACUGCCAGAGUCCAAAGGAACGAUGCCCUUACACUGUUAACUAUUAUUCUGAAAAUACAUCAAGUUCAGGUUUUCUUUUUGAGGACGAAUUGCAUUUGACUUCAGUUGGUGGUCAUGAACAUCGAGGUUCUGUGGUAGCUCCUAUCGUUAUUGGGUGUGGUAGCAAACAAAGUGGCAGUUAUUUGAAUGGAGCUGCUCCAGAUGGGGUGAUGGGAUUAGGGCCAGGAGAAAUUUCUGUUCCAAGUUUGCUGGCGAAGUCUGGAUUUGUUCCACAUUCAUUCUCAUUGUGUUUUGACAAGACUAAUUCUGGCACAAUUUUCUUUGGUGAUCAAGGGCCUGAAAAUCAAAGACUAAGUUCAUUUGUAUCUUUGGAUGGGAAUUACAAUACCUAUAUUGUUGAAGUCCAACGUUAUUGUUUUGGGGGUACCUGUCUAAAGCAAAGCGGAUUUCAAGCCUUAGUUGAUAGUGGGUCUUCCUUCACUUAUCUCCCUUCUGAAAUCUUUACAAAAGUAGUAACUGAGUUUGAAGAGCAAAUAAAUGCUACGAGGUUAGCUACAGAAGAUUUUCCUUACUGCUAUAAGGCUAGUUCACGAGGUUUACCAAACAUUCCUAGCAUGAAACUUGUGUUAGCUGCUAACCAGAGCUUUGUAAUUCAGAACCCCGUGUUUACCAUCUCCAGUGAUCAGGGCGAUAACUUUUAUUGUGUAGGUAUCCUACCUAUUGAGGGAAUGAUUGGUAUCAUUGGACAAAACCUUAUGGAGGGAUAUCGAAUGGUGUUUGAUUGGGAAAACAUGAAGUUGGGUUGGUCUCACUCCAAGUGUCAAGACAUAGGGGGGAGUGCAAAGGUACCACCAACACCACCUCCGAGUGGUUUAGCCUCAAAUCCAUUGCCAACAAAUGAGCAACAAAGAAGCCCUGGUGGACAUGCAGUUGCACCUGCCAUUGCUGGCAAACCAUCUGCAGCAUCACUCCAUGCCGUUUCAUGCCGGCAUUGCGCUAUGAGUUCUCUUCUACUUUCAUUGGUUGUGUGGUUACCUUAUCUGAUAUAACAUUUGUAAUUAUGUGCUUCUAUGUAAAUUCUCAUUUCUUCAAUCAGAUCCUUCUCUCACAGAUCAUGUAUUCUAGUCAAUUAAUUUCAUUGGUUUUGGUCUUUCCUUUGAUCUA